AUGUAUUCUUUCACAUUUCACUCAUUUGGUUUUUACUGCCUCUAUCCAUUUUCCGCCUUCCGCUUUGAAUUCAUUCAUCGUGUAUUCUUUCACAUUUCACUCAUUUGGUUUUUACUGCUUCUUUCCAUUUUCCGCCUUUCGCUUGGAGGUCAUUCAUCAUGUAUUCUUUCACAUUUCACUCAUUUUGUUUUUACUGCUACUUUCCAUUUUCCGCCUUCCUCUUUGAAUUCAUUCAUCAUGUAUUCUUUUCACAUUUCACUCAUUUGGUUUUUACUUUUCUUUCCAUUUUUUUCCGCUUGGAGUUCAUUCAUCAUGCUUCUUUCACAUUUUCAUUUCGUUUUUACUGCCCAUUUUCCGCCUUCCGCUUUUGACGUCAUUCAUCAUGUAUUCUUUCACAUUUCACUCAUUUUGUUCAUUCAUCGUGUAUUCUUUCACAUUUCACUCAUUUCCUUUUUACAUUUUGUUUUUUCCGCCUUCCUCUUUGAAUUCAUUCUUGUAUUCUUUUCACUUUCACUCAUUUGGUUUUUACUGCUUCUUCCAUUUUUCUGCUUUCCGGUUCAUUCAUCAUGUAUUCUUUCACAUUUCACUCAUUUGGUUUUUUACUGCCUCUAUCCAUUUCGUUUUUUGACUUCAUUCAUCGUGUAUUCUUUCACAUUUCACUCCGCUUCUUUCCUUUUCUUUUCCAAUUCAUUCAUCAUGUAUUCUUUCACCUUUCACUCAUUUCUUGUUUUUACUGCUUCUUUCCAUUUUCCGCCUUCCUCUUUAGGUCAUUCAUCAUUUAUUCUUUCACUUUUUUUGGUUUUUACUGCUUCUUUCCAUUUCGUUUUUCGCUUGGAGGUCAUUCAUCAUUUAUUCUUUCCAUUUCACUCAUUUCGUUUUUUUACUGCUUCUUUCCAUUUUCCGCUUUCCGCUUUGACUUCAUUCAUCAUUUCCUAUUUCACAUUUCACUCAUUUUGUUUUUACUGCUUCUUUCCGCAUUCCGCCUUCCGCUUUGAUUUCAUUCAUCAUUUAUUCUUUCAUAUUUUACUCAUUCCUUUUUUACUGCUUCUUUCCAUUUUCCGCCUCCCGCUUUAA